ACCCUAAUGAGUCCCCCUGGCAAUUGAGUCCCUGUUGGAAAGAGCCUUGUGUAGUAUAAAACUGCAGCGCCAUCUUUCGGAAACCUAAGCUCAAAUACGUUCAUUUUGUUUUUCUUUGGCAAUUUAAAUAAAUUGCCGACGAAUGAACACCAAUUGUUAAAUAUAGAAUUCAUAGCAGUUGAAUGUAGCUAAAAUGUUUUGGAAAAGCAACGGUUAGCAACAAAUGGCGAAAAGACUACUCUGUACUCCGACGCUAACGUUGAGGUUCCGCGAGGCCUCUUUUGAUUUACUCACGGAUUUUCUUAUUAACAUUAACGAAAGAAACAAAGAAAACAUUAAGUAUUUGUCAAAAUGCAGCGGAAACCUUAAAGACACAAGAUUAAUUGAGCAUAUUCUGCUGAUGACUCAAGAACUGAGACUCGAUCCGCUGGCUGGGUACCAUGCUGUAGAAUUACUUCAAAGGUUCAUGGUGAAGUACCUCACAGACCUGCUCACCACAGCCACACUUGAAGGUGCAGCUGCGGAUCAGGCAAGAGACUAUGAAGAUGCUAUUUUUGACAAACUUGAGGAGAAAUUUCCCAUCAUCAUUUUCUCAUGUGUGCAACUCGCAAGUAAACUGUCUUUGCACAGCCGUGUAAUCGACAACAACACUGCUGUGAACUUUCUGCAUUCAGUUGGCUACAAUGUUUCUAAGCAGACUCUCCUGGAAACAGAAUUGAUGAUCUUAAAAGGCCUUGAAUUCAAACUAGAUGCUCCAAAUCCUCUGACAUAUGUGGAAAUACUUCUAGAAGUACUUGGAUAUAAUGAACCAUCUGUCCCUGUGGAGCGUCUGCAUGAACUGUGCUGUCAUGUUCUUCAGUUUGUCAGCCUACAAAGGACGGUCAUCUACGAUGCAUUGUUGAAGACUACCACUCAUUGUGUCAGCCCAUCCAAAGAACAGAGGGAGAAGUUUGUGACAGUAACUGAAGACUACAUGCUUCUUGGCGUUGGUGUCAUUGCUGUGGCCACAUUUACCCUGCAUGUCAGAAAAUGGGAACAGGUUUACUCCUUCUUUUCAUGUAUCUCAGGUGGUGGCAGAGUUGAGCCAUAUCACAGGAAUCUCAAGAAGAAGCAUCAGUGAGUUUGCAUAUGUGACAUUGAAGCAUCUUGUUGAGACCAGUUACCUUUAAUACAGAAUCUGCUCUCCCUGUGCUGAUUUUGUAAUAUCAAUUCUAAUGGUUCAUUGUGUCUUGGUUAUUUUGAUUGUAUACACUGUAGUGAUAAAUAUUGUAAUGUGAUUCAAACGGCAACAAACAAAAAUUAAAUAAGUGUAUCUGUUUACA